GGCGCCCCCCACUCGCAGCGGCGCUCCGGAGCCCGGCGGCUGGGCCAGGCGGCGCCUCGGGGGCUGCUGCGCGCCCGCGCCUAGAGCUGCCGCCCCGGGGAGCCCGCCACGGCCGCGCCCCGGGCACGCUCGGCGGCGCCCAACGAUGACCGCUCCCUGGCGGCGCCUCCGGAGUCUGGUUUGGGAAUACUGGGCCGGGCUCCUCGUGUGCGCCUUCUGGAUCCCAGACUCGCGCGGGAUGCCGCACGUCAUCCGGAUCGGAGGAAUCUUUGAGUACGCAGAUGGCCCCAACGCCCAGGUCAUGAAUGCUGAAGAGCAUGCCUUUCGAUUUUCUGCCAACAUCAUCAACAGGAACAGGACCCUGCUGCCCAACACAACCUUGACUUACGACAUCCAGAGGAUUCACUUCCAUGACAGCUUUGAGGCAACCAAGAAGGCCUGUGACCAGCUGGCGCUGGGCGUAGUGGCAAUCUUUGGACCAUCGCAGGGCUCCUGCACCAAUGCUGUCCAGUCCAUCUGCAAUGCCCUGGAGGUGCCUCACAUCCAGCUGCGUUGGAAGCACCACCCAUUGGACAACAAGGACACCUUCUACGUGAACCUCUACCCGGACUAUGCCUCACUCAGCCACGCCAUUCUUGACCUGGUGCAGCACCUCAAGUGGAGGUCGGCCACUGUGGUCUAUGAUGACAGUACAGGGCUCAUCCGGCUACAGGAGCUCAUCAUGGCUCCAUCGAGAUACAACAUCCGUCUGAAGAUCCGCCAGCUCCCCAUCGAUUCUGAUGACUCGCGCCCCCUGCUCAAGGAGAUGAAACGUGGCCGGGAGUUCCGCAUUAUCUUCGACUGCAGCCACACCAUGGCAGCCCAGAUCCUCAAGCAGGCCAUGGCCAUGGGCAUGAUGACCGAGUACUACCACUUCAUCUUCACCACUCUGGAUCUCUACGCGCUAGACCUGGAGCCCUACCGCUACUCAGGGGUGAACCUGACAGGGUUCCGCAUCCUCAACGUGGACAACCCCCACGUCUCAGCCAUCGUGGAGAAGUGGUCAAUGGAGCGGCUGCAGGCUGCUCCCCGGGCAGAGUCUGGCCUGUUGGAUGGAGUGAUGAUGACUGACGCAGCCUUACUAUAUGACGCUGUACACAUCGUAUCUGUGUGCUACCAGCGGGCGCCCCAGAUGACCGUGAACUCCCUGCAAUGCCACCGACACAAGGCCUGGCGUUUUGGUGGCCGCUUCAUGAACUUCAUCAAAGAGGCUCAAUGGGAAGGAUUAACUGGACGGAUUGUUUUCAACAAAACCAGUGGCUUGCGGACCGAUUUUGAUCUGGACAUCAUUAGCCUGAAGGAAGAUGGCCUGGAGAAGGUUGGCGUGUGGAGUCCUGCUGAUGGGCUCAACAUCACGGAAGUUGCCAAAGGCCGAGGCCCUAAUGUCACUGAUUCUCUAACAAACAGGUCUCUGAUCAUCACCACAGUGCUGGAGGAACCCUUUGUUAUGUUCCGGAAGUCUGACCGGACCUUGUACGGAAAUGACCGAUUUGAGGGCUACUGCAUAGACCUGCUCAAGGAGCUGGCGCACAUCCUGGGCUUCUCUUAUGAGAUCCGGCUGGUGGAGGACGGCAAGUAUGGGGCGCAGGACGACAAGGGCCAGUGGAACGGCAUGGUCAAGGAGCUCAUUGAUCACAAGGCAGAUCUGGCUGUGGCUCCACUAACCAUCACCCACGUCCGUGAGAAGGCUAUCGACUUCUCCAAGCCCUUCAUGACCCUUGGCGUGAGCAUCCUGUAUCGCAAGCCCAAUGGCACCAACCCCAGUGUCUUCUCCUUCCUCAACCCAUUGUCCCCGGACAUCUGGAUGUAUGUGCUUCUUGCCUACCUGGGUGUCAGCUGUGUCCUCUUUGUCAUUGCCAGGUUCAGCCCCUACGAGUGGUAUGAUGCUCAUCCCUGCAACCCCGGCUCCGAGGUGGUAGAAAACAACUUCACUCUGCUCAACAGCUUCUGGUUUGGAAUGGGAUCCUUGAUGCAGCAAGGGUCUGAACUGAUGCCCAAAGCUCUGUCGACACGCAUCAUCGGUGGCAUCUGGUGGUUCUUCACACUCAUCAUCAUCUCCUCGUACACGGCCAACCUGGCUGCCUUUCUCACAGUGGAGCGCAUGGAAUCGCCCAUCGACUCUGCCGAUGACCUGGCCAAGCAAACCAAAAUCGAGUACGGAGCUGUGAAGGACGGAGCUACCAUGACCUUCUUCAAGAAAUCCAAGAUCUCCACCUUCGAGAAGAUGUGGGCCUUCAUGAGCAGCAAGCCCUCGGCACUGGUGAAGAACAACGAGGAGGGCAUCCAGCGGACCCUGACGGCCGAUUAUGCGCUGCUCAUGGAAUCCACCACCAUCGAGUACAUCACCCAGAGAAACUGCAACCUCACCCAGAUCGGGGGUCUCAUCGACUCCAAGGGCUAUGGCAUCGGCACGCCCAUGGGCUCCCCAUACCGGGACAAGAUCACCAUUGCCAUCCUGCAGCUGCAGGAGGAGGACAAGCUGCACAUCAUGAAGGAGAAGUGGUGGCGGGGCAGCGGGUGUCCCGAGGAGGAAAACAAAGAAGCCAGCGCCCUAGGCAUCCAGAAGAUUGGUGGCAUCUUCAUCGUCCUGGCCGCCGGCCUGGUCCUGUCUGUGCUGGUGGCUGUGGGAGAGUUUGUGUACAAGCUCCGCAAAACAGCAGAGCGAGAGCAGCGUUCCUUCUGCAGCACCGUGGCUGAUGAGAUUCGUUUCUCCCUCACCUGCCAACGUCGGGUCAAGCACAAGCCACAGGCUCCCAUGAUGGUCAAGACUGACGCUGUCAUCAACAUGCACACAUUCAAUGAUCGCCGGCUUCCAGGCAAGGACAGCAUGACCUGCAGCACAUCGUUAGCCCCCGUGUUCCCCUAGGCACAGGUUGGGUGGGGACAACAGGCCUGUGGCAAGGCAGAGGAGAGCAAAGGAGACCGGAUGGAACACUCAGUCCUCACACUGGGCUUGGGGACCAGAGCAGCUGCCUGCAUGCUGUGCCGGAAACCCUCUGCCCUCAUCUACCAGGAAACCAGCAGGCCCUUAGGCCCCUUCUUGGGCUACAUUCUCCUCCUGUCUCUUCUAUGGGUUUCUAAAGCUGCCAGCCAAGAUAGCCAAGGCCAAAGGAAGCACAUCCCUCUCUCAGGCCAGACUUACCCAUCCCAGUCCCUGUACUCUCCUCUACAGUCAGGAGUUUCUGCCAUGGCCCAACAGAGGCUACAGAACAAUGAAGACACUUAGACUGCCACUUCUUUCUCAAGAGCCCAGGCCCCUGGGCUCUUGACCGUGAGUCCAGGGACACAAACCUUGGCGCCUUACAGAUGUUACAAUGUGGCCGCCAGUGGGAGCCAAGGGACGCCAACAGCCCCUUGGCAAAAUCAAUGGCAGAAUGGAAAGGAGAAGUUUGGGGAUGAGAAGAGAAUGCACGGGUAGAAGCCACCAUUUUGGAUUCCUGUGCACAACAUCUCAAUGGUUGCCGCUUCUUGAGAAGGUCUCCAGGAAUACAUAUGGUAUAGUGGUCACAGCAAAUACUUCUCCACUUCUGUCCAGAGGAGAGAGGAUGCCUAAAUCUCUCACAAAUGAUACCCAGUGACUCAGCUGAUGUUCAAAAGGCCAGAAGAUGAACAGUGGAUUCCAUGAAAAUCCCACAGGCUUUUAGGCCAAUGGACCUCACUUUGUUGGUUAGCAAGCUGUUUACUAAGCCCUGUUGGCAUUUGGGAACCUGGGCUCUGUGCCAUCUACUCACUGGCACCUUCCUAUACUUGGCCAGUUGAAUUCAGCCUCCCUCUGUCAUCUUGCAAAGAGAAGAGUAGCCUCAGUUGAAGUGAGAAAAUCAAGUCACUUUUCCUGGAAAGAGACAGUGUCCUGUGUGUUCUUUGGGUAGGAAGAGUCAGAGGGAUCCAAAGAACUCCAGGCCUCCUGGACCUGCCAAACUUAAAGAUGCUCCCUGGAAAAAAAUGUAUGUUUUCAGUAGUAGGAUAUCAUAGCUACAGGGACUCAAAGGGAGAGAGAAGCUGCCUCCUGGAGGAUUAACCAAAGACCCAACACAGAGAUAUAAGGUUAUCUUGAUCCUUUGUCUCUUAUCUGAAGCAGUUACAACCUUGGGGGAGACAGCAAAGGAGAGGAGUGGUAGCCAGUGGAGGAUCAGCAAGGGUAUGGACCGGAUGAUCUGUGGUUCCAGCUUGCUGUGAAUAUUUCAGAAUCUGGGACUUUAAGAUUCUUUCAAAAAAGAAUGAGAAAUGAAGGGUUAGGCAAAAAGUGUCCUUAAAGAGAGCACAGUGGGGCCCACAGGCCUUCAUGGCCUGGGAUAGAAACUAGACUCUGCACAGAGGAAGGAGAGUUGGAAAUUCUGAACAGAAAACCAGGGGACCAGCCACCCCUCACACCUAAUACUGUUCCUAAUACUGCUAGCGGAGGUGGCUGCGCUCAACUAGGAAGAGCUAAAUUUCCAUCUCAAGGGGUCUUCUCAGCAGUGAGGGGAAGGAGCCUCUCUAGAAAAGCAAAGACCGACCUGGUGAGGUCCUCCAAACUGUGAGCUACAAGACUCCACCCACUGGUCCCCCAAAUGACAGCAGCUCUGAUUGGCUGUCUACACUGGAGCAUGGGGAAGAGGACUAGACAUAUAGUAGAGCCCCAAAUAUGGAAUGGUAGGAAAAGCCAUGCUAGUGUGAGCUUUGGGAGGUUGUGAGCACAUGUAUGUUUGCGGUAUGAGCUUUGGGGACUGGGGGUGAAGAACAGAUUUGGCCGUAUGACAUAGUCCAGGACAUGCAAUAACAGGGGAUCCUUUGGGACCUGGUAUCUGUAUGUGAAUGUGUAUAUGUGAGUGAAUUAGGGACGAGGGAGACAAAUCUGGACCAGCAACAGAGCCCUAUGUAUGUAAAAACAGGAGAAGCCAUGUCAGGGUUCUGGUGAGAGAGAGUGUAUGUGCUUAUGCAUGUGUGUGUGUGUGUGUGUGUGUGUGUGUGUGUGUGUGUACCUGUGCUAACCAGCAGAGGACUGAGGGCAGGAAACCCUUGCAGUGGAGCCAAAUGAGUGCAAAAGGAGAAGCCAUGUUGUUAAGGGGUCUGUGUGUGAGUUUGAAAAGACUCGAGUGUCCAACAGAGAGCAGGGGGAGGACACACAAUGCCUAUUGAUGUAAGGAGCCCUGUAGAUGGAAGGUUGGAGUGUGUGUGUGUGAGUGUGAGUGUGCUCAUACCCAUGUGUGGCCACACACACACAUAUGUCCCAGCUCAUAACAGGAGCAAGACAGACAAUCAAUCAGGCAGGCUGUGCAUCAGGUUCUGCACUCUUGUCAUGGUAGGGGUUGUGUGUCACACAUUGUGGAGGUCGUACACUUGGGAAGAUGGCCGAGGCGCUCCAUCCUUCUGUGACUCAAAGCUGCUAACUCCUUUGCUGUAGUUGGAGUGUCCUGUCUGAGGAGCAAACUUUUUCUUUUACCAUUCCUAACAAUAGAAUUCUAGUGAAAGUCUUUACCAGUUGCUCUCACCAACCACAGACAUCAACCACUGUCUUACAUUGUCUAGUACAAUUUCAUAGCACACACCCAUAACCACACUCAUGUUACGCACACAUGUGCUUUUGUGCAUGACACUAUAUGGAUGUGUCGUGUUCUUCUGAGGCUAUGCACUGUACAGAUUGUUAUGGGAGGGAAAAAAGAAAGUUUCUGGGGCAGAAAACUUCUUCAUCAAAGGAAUGAAGAAUGUUGGACAAGCGGAGGUGCCAUUCCAUUAGGGGAAUUCCCCCUGAAGGUACUGGCACAGUUUUUGUACUCCUGAACAGAAGUGGGAUGAUGUGCUAUCUGAUCUCCAUUCCAUUCGAGCCUUAUAUCUGGAGGUGUGGCUAAUGCUCAACCUCUGGCUGAUGUCCUACAUCCUAGAGACCAGCCCAGUGUGUGGAGUACAGUGGAGAUCACCCUGCCUGUGUCUGAACUGUGACUCUCCCUGGGUGCUGAAGCUGACACCCCAUCUGUGAAACAGGAAUGGAGGGUGGAGUACGGAGGGAGGUGUUCCUGGAAAGGAAGGUCACUCAUCAUUAAGUUGAGGCUGCCCCGCUGCCAGGAGGGUGUAGCUGUGCUGGAGCCAGGGCACAUGUGUGUGUGCACAGCACAGAGGUGCCAAGGAGUGAAAGGAAGCACAAAGCUGGCUUGGAUGGAGCAGAAGAUGAAAUGUACCUGACAGGUGCCUGAUUGUCCCUGUGUGGUCCCUCGGGACAGCCUGAGCAGAAGUGCUUCCCUCCCCCUCGAUGCCACCCUGACCAAACUAAGCAGCAAUGAGGAGGGAAGCACCCUCAUUCCUCUCACCAAGGCUCUGGGACCUCUGGACACUGAGUCCCUCUUCUGUCUCUCCCUUGACCUGAUGGUGACUUCUCUGCUGCAGACAGAUAAGAAAACCCAAAUGAAGGCUCUGUCUGUGUCCAGCAGACCCACUCUACAUGUGUUCUGUAAGAGGGAAAGUUCCCCCUUGGCCAAUGAGCUUGAGGGGUGGGAGGGCUGCCUCUUCUCAGUCCAGACUCUGCUGCCUCAGCCAGAAAAGCACAGCUGGCUCCUGUUGGCACCAGCCCAGGAUAGAUGAAAGGUCCAGGCAAGCUGGAUGUUGCUCCCUCUCCAUAAAGUCUGGGAAAACAGAAGUCAAACCCAGGCCUGCAUUCUCUAAGAGCACCCUCCAGCCUUCCCUUUCAGGGUGUUGCUGGGGGUGGGGGAAUACAGCAGUCACUCAGCAUGAAGAGGAUCCUACUCCAAGCCAUUUCCUGAUGUGUGCGCAAGCAUCUGAGAACAAGCUAAUGUCUGGAAGGGUCCAGAGUGAAUACUCAUCUGGAAAGAGAGGACCUAACAAAAUAGACAGCUGUUUUGAAUUUAACACCUGAUACCAGCCCAACACCAGGGGCAGAUACAAGAAAUGGGCCAGCUCCAUGGAUGGACUCUAGAUGGACACAUCUGGAAGUCUUAAGUUAGCAAGACACAUCUGGAAUGAGCUCAGCUGCUUACCACAUUUGGAGGGUCCUGCCCUCUAUCUCCACACCAAUUGGAAUCAAGCUCUCAUUUUGGUGCUGGGUUUGCCCUGGAGUUAAAAUUUUCAGAGUUGAGGUGGUACAUGAAGUCACAAAACUGUUUUAGGUAGAAAGUUAAUGUUCUAUACAAUAUAUAUAUAUGAAUGUAAAUAUAUAUAUAUAUAUGCUGUAUAUAUUAUAUAUAUGCACAGUGUAUAUAUGACCCAUAGCCCAUGUGUAUACAACCCUUCCCCACACAUCUGCACACAGAGUGUACAGAACCCAGCCAGUGUGGGUGGGGACUAGGUGACAGAUGGGAGCUAUGGCAACAAGUUCUGGGACAAAGUUUGCAUCACCCUUGGGAAUUGGGCAGGCCCUGCAUCCAGCAGCACUCUAGACCUUGACGAAGAGGACAGUACUGCAAAGCUGGACAGGACGUGGGGGCAGGGAAUGGCCAUGGGACCUUGUCCCACCUGGGAGUCCAUUUGGCAAGAUGCCUGGAUAUGUCUAAGAAGCAGUGUCACACUAGUACCUGGCCCCUGUGCCAUCAUCACAUUCGUGUUCUGGGGCCAUUAACAGGGAGUAGAAGAGCUGGGACAGAGGAGGCCUUCCCCUAGGCCUGCUGUCACACCUCCUUCCAAUCACUGAUGGGUGUCAGGCUCUACCUGUAACCCUCUAUGGGAGCAGAGGUCUCAGACUGUCACCCCACACAGAGGCGCCUACAGCUCACAGCUGGAAGAGAUGGUGUUUGAAGAGAAAGGCCUGAGGGCCUUGUCAGAAUGCCAUGCUUCAUCCUGAUGCCCGGGUUACCAGUCCUGCUUUCUAGGACAGAGGGCCUCAAAGCACCCCAGUUUGUCUCAAUUUUACAGAUCAAAACCCUGAGGCCCCUCAAGAGCUGGAAGCACCCAUUGACUCAGUCAAAGGCUAGACAAGAAUCUGUCCCAGCUCAGACACCCUCACCAGUUAGUUCCAUUUAAUGAAGGAACCAGAGAAUUGAGAGGCAAGAAGGCAGUCAUGCCUCAGCAGGGCCUGACGCCAUCUGAUUGCCCUUCCCCCUAAGCAGGGGAGCUGCAGAGAGCCCCCAGCAGGCUGCAUGCUUCUGCCUCUGCUCUGCCUCAUGUGGAUCCGUCUGUUUUCUGCAAUCCCAGUCCUUUUACCUGUUCAUGGUUCUGAGCAUCUCUGGAGUGUGCGGGGAGAACAAAAGGUCUAGACCAGGCUUCACUUCCGCACAGGUCACAGCCUACCCUCUGCUUCAGCCCCAAGCACUUAAGCGGUCAGUCUCUGGGGCCUGGCCAAGUGCAUCUGAAUCCAGCCCCUAAAUAGGGUCCUUUCCUGGCUCCACAGAGACCAGAGGUUCUGGGGGCCCUCAUGCCACUGUGUUCUGAAACCCCAGCCCAUCUCUAUCUGGGCAGACUUUCUGGUUGGGUCUCUGUGAUGGGGAUCUCAGUUUCCAACCCUGGGACUGAGCCCCAGACAGCACCAUGGGCCUCCCAGAGCCCUGGCCUGUCCCACUACCCGGACCAGAGUGCCUGGACACCUCCCACUCCCAUUCAACUUGGUUCCCACACACUGGUCGCUGGGCCAUUCAGGGGAUGCCCUUUGUGGACAUGCAGAAUUUCUAUGAAUAUAGUUUUUUGUAAACAUUUUGUAACAAUUUGGGUUUCAUAGUAACUGUGUUACUUGCCAAUCAUUCUAGGCUGAUGUAAAUAAAUUUCCAAACAAAUCCGAUUAUUUUCCUUUUUAAGACACUGUGAUAUAUCAAAGUGCACAGUUUGCUGUAUGAAGUAAUAUGGUUUUAAAUUUUAAAUAAAGAAAUGUUUCUAGAAAACAAGA